UCCACCAGCCAUGAGGGUGUUUGUGCUCGCGCUCACCGUGGCCCUUGUGGCCAGCAGCCAGAUCAGCUUCGAGUUUGUUCCUGGAAAGAUCUACGAGUACGAAUAUGAGACCGAGCUUAUGGGCGGCCUGCCUGAGGAGGGCCUGGCACGGGCCGGAGUCAAAGUCCACAGCAGAGUUCAGAUCAGCAAAGACGCCACCCCUCAGACAUUCAUCCUGAAGCUUGUGGAUCCUAAGAUCUUUGAGUACAGCGGCAUCUGGCCCAAAGACCGCUUCACCCCGGCCACCCAGCUCACCUCGGCCCUGGCUGCUCAGCUCAUGACCCCCAUCAAGUUCGAGUACGCCAGCGGUGCUGUCAGGAAAGUGCUUGCACCGGCUGGUGUCUCCUCAACCGUCCUCAACAUCUACAGGGGAAUCCUCAACAUCUUCCAGCUGAACAUCAAGAACACGCUGAACGUGUACGAGCUGCAAGAGGCUGGCGUCCACGGCAUGUGCAAGACCCACUACGUCCUGAGACAGGAUCAAAAGGCCGAGCGCAUCUUCCUGAGCAAGAGCAAAGACCUGAACCAGUGCCAGAGCAAGAUCUUCAAGGACAUGGGCAUGAGUCACCUGGAGAAAUGUAGUGGAAAGGCCAUGAAGACAGCGUCCGGCAUCAACUACAUCAUGAAGGAAACACCCAUCGGUACUCAGAUCAUGGAGGCGAUCGUUACGGAGCUCAUCGAGUAUUCACCUUUCAACAUCCUGAAGGGCGCCGCUCAGAUGGAGUCCAAGCAAAAUCUGACCUUCCUGGAGGUCAAGAGUGGUCACGUCGAGCCUCUCCGGGUCGACUAUCUUCACCGUGGAGACCUGCAGUACGAGUUCGGCAGCGAGCUUCUCCAGUCGCCCAUCCAGCUCCUGAGGAUCAGCAACGUCGAGGCUCAGAUGGUUGAGACUCUGAACCACCUGGUCACCUACAACGUGGCAAAGGUGCACGAAGACGCCCCCCUGAAGUUCAUUGAGUUCAUCCAGCUGCUGCGUGUGGCCAAACCCGAGAACAUCGAGGAUCUGUGGCAACGGUUCAAGACGAGACCCGAUCACAGGCACUGGAUCCUGAACGCCUUCCCCGCCAUGGGCACUCACUUUGCUCUGAAGUUCCUCAAGGAGAAGUUCUUCGCCGACGAGCUGACUGUUUUCGAAGCCGCCUCUUCUCUGAUGAUGUCUCUGCACUCGGUGCCGGUCGACGAGGCGUCCAUGAAACUCGCCGAGGCAAGUCGGUGGCGAAGGCUUUCUGGAACUUCUGCAGCGAGAUGA